UGCUCGGCUUCUUCUCGCUCGGCAUGUUCCUGCCCCACGCCAACGAGCCGGGAGCCAUAACGGGCCUUGCCACAGGGCUCGCCUUCUCCAUGUGGGUCGGCUUCGGCGUCCCCCGGCCGGACGCAGUAAGGCUGCCCACGAGGACGGAUGGCUGCGACUUCAACAUAACGGCCACACCGCCGCCGCCCACCCAGGACCCAAGCGAGUACUUCUACCUGUACCGCGUGUCGUACCUGUGGGUUGUCGUGCUGGGAUCCCUGCUGACACUCGUCGUGGGCGCCGUCGCAUCGUGGGUGGCGGGCGUCACCUGCGAGGGGGACCGCAGCGUGCCGCCGCCAGACCCCGACCUCUUCGUGCCGCCAGUCCGGAGGGCGCUGCUCGCGAGGAGAGGGCACAGGUGCUCCAACUCGCUGCAGCUGACACGUGUGGCCGGUGACCUGUCCAAUGGUGUGGGACCAGCUGCAGACACCAAGACCCAAGAGGAGCUGCUCAAUGGCAUAGAUGGCCACCACGUCGCCCCAGUGUGAUGUCGACAGAGUACAGUGGGGACUGCUGUGAGCUGAAAGGUGCUGAUCUGUGGGUUCCCAACCUGAGACAUUCCAGCCUUCUCUACAGAGGCUGCAACAACUUUGUCCAUUUAUUUUCUAGUUUUGUAAAAAAGGAAAAAAUUGUAAACACUCAGUAUUCCUCAGUUUGUAAUAGCUGUGCUUUUUAUUCUCAGUUCUCUUCUGUUCAGCUGAAUUGCUGCAAAUAAUGAAGCACUGCAAAAUCAGUUUUAUAGGUGCAUGAAGCUUCGACAGAAGCAGCCAAAGAGAGUGGGAGAGAUUAUAUGAGGCAGAAAAAUGUUGCUAAAGUUAACUGGUGAUGCAAUGCUGUGCAGUGUAGAAACUUUCACAAAUGUAACAUUUCAGUGGACUUAUUAAAUAUGGGCAAUUGCUUACCUGGUAAACUGUGAGCAAAAGUAUGACAAUAAUUAUUACAAUAUUGGAAAAAGUUCUGACCAGGAAAUCAAUAAUCGUGUGAUGAAGAACAAUACUACAGAAGGGAGGAGGCAUUGGAUGGUGUAAAAAUGGCUGAAUAAUAUUGUUGAAUGGCAUAGAAAAGAUGCCUCCAAAAUAAAACUAGUUGCCUAUAAAAGGUCACAGAUACAAACCAAUCAAAAAAUUUGCACAUGUACGUUUUCCAUCAUAUUUGCUGCACUGUAAUUAUUUUUCUAGAGCACGUUGCACUUUAGAAGAAUC